AAAGGAAACUUUCCUUUUAGAUGACGCUCAGAAACAUUUUUCAGUCAAUUAGAGAGUUUCACCCUCUAUGCUUACAACUGUGACAAGGUAAUAAUUUAGUAGCACUUACUUAAUUGAAAUGAAAUCACUGUGGGAAAGAGGAGAGGAUCUUAUUUUAAAAUUUCUUAGUGAUGUGUAGGAACUCCUUCCUAGAAUCUGUAAGGUUUUUCAGGUCACUUAUUUAUUAUGCAGGCAUGUUUCUUGCUUCCCGAAACUUCUGUUGCCAUGGCAUUAGAACAUGCCAGCUAAGAACAGAUUUGCUUUCCAGAUCCAUCAAACAUUCCACCUCUGCAACAAUGCCCUUCAGACACAAAAAUACAAGACGAAUUGAAGGCCUUGAUAGCAAUGUGUGGGUUGAAUUUACAAAAGUGGCAGCAGAUCCCUCAAUUGUUAAUCUUGGUCAAGGCCUUCCUGAUAUAUCCCCUCCCAGCUAUGUUAAAGAAGAGCUGGCAAAGGUGGCAGCAGUGGACAGACUGAACCAGUACACCCGAGGCUUUGGACAUCCAUCACUGGUGAAAGCCUUGUCUCAAGUCUAUGAGAAAGUUUGUGGAAGAAAGAUAGACCCUCUCACAGAUAUCCUGGUGACUGUGGGAGCUUAUGGAUCUCUCUUUAGUACAAUACAGGCACUAAUUGAAGAGGGAGAUGAAGUAAUAAUAAUAGAGCCAUUUUAUGACUGUUAUGAGCCAAUGGUAAAGAUGGCGGGUGCAAAGCCUGUUUUUAUCCCACUCAGAUGUAAAAAUGAUGGAAACUCUGCAUCUAGUGCUGAUUGGGUCUUAGAUCCUGCUGAACUUGCAAAUAAAUUCAAUUCCAAAACAAAAGCAAUUAUUCUGAAUACUCCACACAACCCGAUAGGCAAGGUUUUUACCCGAGAAGAGCUCCAAGUAAUAGCUGAUCUCUGUAUUAAACACGACACCCUGUGCAUCAGUGAUGAGGUGUAUGAAUGGCUAGUGUAUAAAGGGAAGAAACACAUUAAAAUAGCUACGCUGCCAGGUAUGUGGGAAAGAACAGUAACUAUAGGAAGUGCUGGGAAAACAUACAGUGUAACUGGUUGGAAGCUUGGUUGGUCCAUUGGUCCUGAGUACCUGAUUAAGCAUUUGCAAGUUGUUCACCAAAAUACGCUAUAUACUUGCCCAACUCCAUUACAGGAGGCUUUGGCACAGGCAUUUUGGAUAGACUAUAAGCGCAUGGAUGACCCAGACUGCUAUUUUCACUCCCUGUCUCGAGAGCUGGAAAGCAAGCGUGAUCGGAUGGCCCAGCUACUGAAAGAGGCUGGGCUAAAGCCUGUCAUUCCAGAUGGAGGAUACUUUAUGAUUGUUGAUGUUUCCAUGUUAAAUGUGGAUCUCUCUGAUGUAGAUGAGAAACAACCUUAUGAUUAUAAAUUUGUCAAAUGGAUGAUAGCAUCUAAGAAGCUGUCAGCAAUUCCUCUUUCAGCAUUCUGUGGUCCUGAGACAAAGAAACAGUUUGAAAAAUACAUACGUUUUUGCUUCAUUAAGAAAGACAGCACACUAGAUGCAGCUGAAGUGAUCCUGAAGAACUGGAAUAAACAGACAGGCUGAUUUUUCUUAUUAACUCUUCCAUAUGGUAAAACUAUCUAAUACUAGGGUUUUUUUUUAAUUGGAAAUUUAAGAAAAAAUUACUUAAUAUAGUAGAGAAUGAAUAUGAAAUUGUAAAUAACUUUUUGCUGCUACCUGCUGAGGAGUUAAAACAAUGAUUUUCUGAAAUAUGUGUAAUGUAACUCAGAGGUUAUUUUCAGUCUUUUAAAAAUAAAUUGCUUUUCUCUUAAAGAAAUUCCAAUGGAAUUAAUUUCUUUUACUGAAAGAAAAGAUUUAUAGGACUCUGUAAAAUAAAUAAAUAAUAUAAGUAUUUUAAAUCUUACAAGUAAAAAAGGGGAGGUGUUCUUGGUUUGAGAUAGUAUGGGAUCGAGAGAGAGAUUUAGAAACAUCUUAGUUUGUGAAACCAAAUAACCUGCAGUAGAGGAAGAUUAAGACCUGUGGCUCAUGGGUAAUCAUGAUUAUCAUGGAUAAUUGCAGUGACUCUCCAUGCCUGCCUACCUACUCUGUCUACAGAAAUUGCACCAGUUUAAAUAAAAUGAAAAGUGCUAAGUAA